AUGCUAUACUCAGCCUCCUACUCUUCUUCUAUCCGCCUCACACUACGCUCUCCACCAAAUAUUUCGUAUAGUAUCCCCCAGCAGUACGGGCAUAUCUGCUACGCUAGCUCAUUCAGCUUCGCCCAUACGACCCUCUCCUACACUGCCUACAGCUGCGCAUCUGCUUACCACGCUUCCUAUCCGCUCGUAUCUACCAUAGUAGUAGUAGCUUCUACUACUACUUCUUACUAUAUAGCCUCCUACAUACUGCCAGCCCUACGUCAAUUGCAGUUAUCGCACCACGCAACCACUUAA